UUACUGACCGUGUGACAGGUCCCUACGAAAACUACUUUGUUUCUAACGAAAAUUAUCGAGUAUGUUCUUUAUUCACUCGUAUCGUUUAUUUCCUAAUCCUGCCUAUUCGAGUACAGAAUAGUUCAACCCAGCGUCUCUAUUUUUAUUUGAAAUAUUGUGAUGGAGAAGCUGGAAAAAGACUGCAUUGAUGAGGUUGAUGAAGAACUUUUAGCAUUAGACGCUAUUCUGGCGGAAGUUGGGAAUGGGCAUGUAUCGGACGUGUUUGAGAACAAUAAAGUAGAGGAUUUGUGUACCUCCGAUUUUGAUAACGUGGAGUUUUAUCUAGAGCGGAAAUUUACUAAAUAUGGAGAUCAUGCAUCUAAACAUUCAUCCUUGGACAUAUAUGAUGGGGUUCUGAAUAAAAAUAAACACGUCGAUGGAAAGACCCCACAAGUAGAACAAACAGUAUUUAGUUUUACUGAUCCAAUUUUCGGUUUUCGCAUUAUGAAUCCUCAAAUCUCAAGCAUAUUAUUGACAGAACGAAUGGCUAACCGGAAAGCUGUAACAUUUAAUGAACUUCCAAUGUACUUCCUUAAAGAUUCCACAAAUGAUUGGGUGGUCGCGGGUGUGCUUUUAUCUAAGGAAAUGAAGCAUUCUUCGAAAAGUUCCAAGCCUUUUUCGGUUUGGAAGCUGUCUGAUUUAAAAAGAGAUUUAAAAAUUAUAUCCAUAUGCUUGUUUCAAAACGCUCACAAUGAACUGUGGAAAACUCCCACAGGGAUGUGUGUGGCUAUUCUUAACCCUUCUUUCAUUGAAAAGAAAUUAUAUAGCAAUGAUGUCGCUACCCUGUCUAUUGAAUCUGCAAAAAAAGUUAUGAUUUUAGGAAAGUCGAAGGAUUUAGGUCAAUGCAAAUCCCAUAAAAAAAGUGGCGAGCCUUGUAAGAAUUUUAUAAAUUUGAACGAAGGUGAUUUCUGCUUAUUUCAUGUUAAGAGGGCUUACAGAAAAACGGAUUGGACCGCAGAAAACGUAAAACGUUAUCGGAAUGUAGCUGACGCAAAUCUGCUAGGUAAACUACAUCAACGUGAUAAAAAAAUAAUGAAUUCAUUAACAACUGAAAAUAUAUCGCUGAAGUCAGUAGACUUUAAACGCGACAUGACUCUUGCAUCUGGUAGACGAUUCAUAUCUAAAGUCGCUUCUACCGUAGAAACAAAUACGAAACAACGAUUGUUGGAUCUUGAGCGCUUAAAAACUCUUUGUUCGCCCAUGAAUAUAUCUAAAAAGUUAUCGACGGCUACCAAAG